AUGAGGACACCAUUUGAGCUCGAGAGAAAUGCAUCUUUGUUUUACCCUCAAACUGUUUCUCGACAUGUUCAGAAUGAGAUGUACUUGUCUAUGGUUUCAUGUUCACAAAUUUGUAUCAGCACAUUUGAGGAUGUUGAUGAGUGUCUUGUCAAGGAAUUUAUCCAUUAUAAUUCUUCUAAUUCAAAUGGUUCUCAUAUUGACCCCGAAGUUGAAAAUGAUUAUCAAUGGGAUAUACUUAUACGCGAGUCUACUUACAAGUUUCAGCAGUUUGGUAUUUUGUGUCGCCACAUUUUUAUUGUAAUUAAGUCAUAUAACAUCAAAGAGAUCCCUUCCAAAUAUUUACUUAGAUGCUGGAAGAAGGACAUCAUCCCCACAAAACUAUUGAAAAGAUGUUUCCGAUAUGCUGAUUCUGACGAGACUACCCAAAGAGUUGCACUUGAUAUAUUUUCUACUGUUGACAACUGUGUAUCUUCUCUCAGCAAUGAUCACACCAAAUUAAAUGAAUACUUGCAUGAAAUAAAGCAGAUGGAAGAAAAGUUCCUUUCCAAUUUCAGAACUCAUGAUAAAUGA